AAUUGAAAUUCAAAUCCUUAGCAAAGUAGCACUACAAGAUUACCAUUGCAUCAAGACAACAUGUGGAGAUCUUAAUGUCAGUGCUUCCUCAUUUUCAUUUUCAUUUUCAUCUUAACUGAGAUAACAUUUUCAGUGAUGAGCUCCUGAACGUUUCUAGUGAUAUGCAUUUUGAUGGAGCUAUCAAAUUUCGUCUUUAGGAUACAAUUAAAAAGCUUAGACUGGGAUGAAUCCAAUUAGUCACAUCCAAGUUGAGUGUUCGAUAAAAUGUUUGAAAGAAAUAAAUAACAACACAAGUCAACAAGACUGGUGCAUGUUAAGUCUAUGCCGUGCGGAGUCAGUCGUUAACAAAAAUCCUUUUCUAUUGUAAUUCGUAUUUUGAGCAUGUAACAAAAAGCUUUUGGUUUUGCAGUUCUUCUGCGAGAUGAAUAAUAGAGUGAGUAACCGUAGGGCUGAAUCCGUGUCCAUAGAUGUUGAAGAUGAUGUUGGCGAUAAGAAAUAUCGUACUUUCAAUCGAAAGGUUACUGUUCUGGAAAGGUUUAUCCUCGUUGCCAACUUCUUCUUGGAGGUUCCUUCUGCUGUUUUUGAUCAGCUAUCUUCUGUGCGUAAGCCUCAUUAUGCAUUGAUGAGUAUGUUAUUUUCUUUCAUAGUCUUAAUCUUUUCGACCAUUGACCUUGUCUACAAGGCUCGAAAAGAAAGAGUUACCUUCAUCUGGAGGGGUUUGAUGAUUCCAUGGUUUUAUUAUCCAAAUCACAAGCGUUUUGGAACAUUUACUGAUAUUAAUGGAUUAGUUUGUGGGAUAUUCCAAUGUUUUUUUACAUCAAUAGCAUACGGCUUUUGUUCUAGGCAUCUUGAUAAUCCUAUCAACGUAAAUGCAUGGCCUAUGAUCUUUGCCUUGGGUGUAUUAUACUGUAGAUUUUCAGUGAGUCCUCCAGAAGGGCAGCCAGUCCCACAGAAUGGGGAGUCAACCCCACUAAUUAUAAGGGGACCGAACAAAGAAGGGGAAUUUACUUUGGCUGAGCUUACUGCUGCCACCAAAAAUUUCUCAGCCGAGAAUGAAAUUAGUGCAGGGAGCUCUAUUGUUGUUUACAGAGGCAAAUUAGGUGAUGGUGGUGAAGUUGCAGUUAAAAAGAGGCAAAAGAAAUUUCAAGAGAAGGAGAAAGCAUUAGUAGCAUUCUUGUCAAGGCUUCAACACAUACAUUUGGUUAGGCUUCACCACAAACAUUUAGUUAGGCUUAUUGGGUACUGUGAUGAUAGAGAUUAUAGCCUUUUAGUUAAUGAGUACAUGGAAAAUGGAACUUUAUUUGACAUUUUACAUGGCACAGAGAACAAUAAUGUCAUCAAAUUUUUGAAAAUGAGGAUAAAGAUUGCAUUAGAUGCUGCUAGAGGAAUUGAGCAUCUUCACAAUCAUGCUGUUCCACAAAUAGUUCAUGGAGGAAUAAACUCUUCCAAUAUUUGGCUCGACGCAAAUUGGACAGCAAAGGUCUCUGAUUUUGAAUUCUCAUUAUUAGACCCUGAAUCCCCAACCUUUAUUACCCCACUCAAGGAUUUACAGGUAAAAUUUUCUUUUGAUCAUGAGUUCUAUCAACGAAAUUUAAGCACAGAGGAUGAUGUCUAUAGCUUCGGUGAGGUAUUAUUAGAAAUUUUAACGGGAAAAAGAACUCUCUUCAAGGAUUAUGAUCAUUUAACGCCAUCAGAUCUUGUGGAUAAGGUUUUAGAUCCUAGGCUUGGUCCGCUCGAGGAUAACAGAGCAGCAGCAGAGUUGGUGGCCCAUAGGCUUGGUCCAAUGGAGGAUAAUAGACCAGCAGCAGAGUUGGUGGCCCAUACUGCAAUCCGCUGUGUGAAUUUGGAACCGAAAGAUAGGCCGAGUAUAAUUGACAUUGUUGCUAAUUUGGAGCAAGCUUUGUCUUUCUAUGAUAAGGACAUUGUUGAGGAUAUGGAUUUGUUGAAGGAUGUGGAUUUGCUGGAGAUUUCUCAGAUUUCUUAAUAUGAUUAAUAUAUGAUUUUAUGUAUGUUGUACUUGAUCUUUGCACCAAUCCAACAUCCUUUGCUCUUCUUUUACUUAUGGGACUUUGUUCACUCCAUUAGCCAACAUAAAUACCUCAUGUUGUGCUUGAAUUUUAAUAUCAAGAAGUAAA